AUGAUGGGAAGCCAAGAUGUGAAGUUGGUGAGCUUUUGGGUUAGUCCAUUUGCUAAGAGAGUUGAAUGGGCCUUGAAACUAAAGGGUGUUGAUUAUGAGUAUGUAGAAAAAGAUAUCUUCAAUAAAAGCACUCUCCUUUUGGAAUUGAACCCGGUUCACAAGUCGGUUCCGGUUCUUGUUCAUGCUCAAAAACCAAUUGCAGAGUCAUUGAUUAUCCUUGAAUACAUUGAUGAAACAUGGAAGCAAUAUCCACUUUUACCUUGCCAUCCUUAUCAAAGAGCUUUUGCUCGUUUUUGGGCUAAUUUUGGUGAACAAAAGCUUUUGGAUGUAGCAUGGAUUGCAAUGUGUAGUAAUGGAGACGAACAGGAAAAGGCUAUAAAGCUAGCCAGAGAAGCAAUAGAGAAGAUAGAAGAUGAGAUUAAGGGGAAGAAAUUCUUUGGAGGGGACACUAUUGGAUACCUUGAUCUUGCUCUUGGAUGGAUAUCUUACUGGCUUCCAAUUUGGGAAGAAGUUGGGUCAAUGCAGGUACUUGACCCAUUGAAAUGUUCAGCUAUCACUGCAUGGAUGACAAAUUUUCUCAGCCACCCUGUGAUUAAGGACAGCUUGCCCCCAAGAGACAGGAUGCUUGUUUACUUCCACACUCGCAGAGAGACAUUGUCUGAGGCAUUUCAUGGCUGGUUCAAAGUUUAG